AAGCAACCCGCGAUGCGCGUAUUUUGUUAUUGCCCGAUUAUCUUUCACCCGCGCUGGUUGUGUGCGCUCGCUUUCCAUAGGAAAAAAACAUCAAUUCAAAAUAUGGAUAUUUAAUAGGCAGAAGCAAUUAACAAUUUGUUUGAGAAAUAUUUAACGGUAUUUGGAUGUUUUAGUUACUCGAUGACCGGUUCACCGCACGUUUUUUCAUUCGAUUCGGAACUGUUGUUGAUGUUUUAGCGAAGCACACCUAAAAAAUACAAAACCACUCACACACACGCGAAACAUAUACACGGUUGUGAUUUGGCGCGCUCUUGUGUGCGUGUGUACGUACAAUAAAAAGCAAAAAGCAACGAAUUUCGGUGUGCAAAAAACAUAAAUCGGCAAGCAAGGAAAUCGGGAAGCCAAAAAAACAAAACAGUGCAAGUUACAGUUAUCCCCAAACGAUAAAAAACCAAAAUUCCUUUUUGAUUUCCAAGAUUUUCAUCUGCGCGGGUGUGUGUGUGUGUGUAACAGCAACAAAUACCAAUACCAGCGCACGGCCAAUAAAGAAGAAGAGGAGCAGCGCGAACCAGAAGAAGAAAGAUGAUGUAAACUUUGUUGUAACCGAAGAAAAAAAAAGAAUAACAUAAAAAACGAGUGAAGAAGAGAACAGAGGAAAACGAGAAAAGUAGUAGUAGUGCUUCGAAUUCUUUAAGUCUUCGAGAGAUUUUUUUGGAGCUCUUCAAAAUGCCAGAAACGGAGCACGAGACUUGCAGCAAGGAGUGGCUGCAGUCGCAGUUGCGAUCGCUGGACUCCAAGGAGAUAAUCCUGCUGGACUGUCGCGGCUCCCACGAGUACAGUGAGUCCCACAUCCGCGGAGCCGUCAACCUCUGCAUCCCCAGCAUCGUCCUCCGGCGCCUGGCGCUGGGCAAAAUCGACCUGGCCUCCACGAUCAAGUCGCCCGAGCUGAAGCAGCGCAUCCAGUCGGGCUACAAGCUCUGCUGGUUCAUCCUCUACAACGGCGAGGGCGUGCCCGGCCCGAAUCAGGAAAUCGCCGGAGCCGGAUCCCUAUCCAUCGCCAUGGACUCCAUCAUCAGCAUCCUGCACCGCCGCCUCAAGCAGGACGGCUGCCGCGUGGUCGCCCUACAAGAUGGCUUUAACAAUUUUCGCCAGGCAUUUCCGGAGUGGUGCGAGGACGAUAAUCAGGCGCACAACAAAGAGAUAGAAUCUAGUCGCAAUGUCCAGACCGAUCAGUUAAUGGGUCUUAGGUCCCUACGCAUUUCCACAACGCUAUCCGAUUCCGCGUGCAGCAGUUCGGCGGAAUCGUCGGAUUGCGAGAGCUCCAGCCACCAUCACCACCACCAAAAUCACCACAAUUACAACGAGGCGCCCGUGGAGAUAAUUCCUGGACUACUCUUCCUGGGAAAUGCCACCCACAGCUGCGACUCAGAAGCAUUGAAAAAGUACAAUAUAAAGUAUGUUUUGAAUGUGACACCAGAUUUGCCAAAUAAGUUCAAGGAGUCCGGCGACAUCAAGUAUCUGCAGAUUCCGAUCACGGAUCAUUACUCACAAGAUUUGGCCAUACAUUUCCCGGAUGCCAUACAGUUUAUAGAGGAAGCGCGGUCCGCAAGCUCGGUGGUGCUGGUCCACUGCCUGGCCGGAGUUUCGCGCUCGGUGACCGUGACGCUCGCCUACUUGAUGCACACCCGGGGCCUGAGUCUCAACGACGCCUUCGCGAUGGUGCGGGACCGGAAGCCGGAUGUCUCGCCCAACUUCCACUUCAUGCAGCAGCUGCUGUCCUUCGAGGGUCAACUGCGCCUGAGACCCGGCUCCAGGUUCUCGUGCAGCUGCAUUGCGCCGGACUGCAAUUGCAUGCAAACCACGGGCUUUAUGGCCGCCCAUUUGGCGAAUGCCACCGGGGUCUCGCCAGACUCCGGCAUCGAGUUCGACCGCUGGACCCCGUCCGACACGGGUCUCAAAUGAGAACAGCUUGGUGGUAAAAGUUUCGUGCUGCCACCAAGUCAGGAGAUGCCAGUUGCAGCUGCCGCCACAUCGCCGCCGCCCAUGUGCCUGGCGGUAAACCCAGACAACAUGUCUCCGGCCAGCACCACCAGCUCGUCCACAUCGACCACGACCACUGCGGAGGCAGUCUCUGUAGUGGAGAUGGUGCAGCAUCGCGAUCAGGAAAUGGCCGAUGAGGACAUCAUAACCAGGGCAGAGGAUGAUGAGGAUGCGGCCUGAAUGGCGGAGCUUUUCCUAACUUGGUUCUCGCGCAAAUCACCCGUAUAAUCACAUACAUAUGAGCCGCUUAUUAAAUAGGGGUACGAAUUCAAACUUUAAUAAAUGUACAAAGUCUUGGAGAAUUACCCAACGUACACUUAUUGAUUAAUACCACAUAAAUAACUUAAUGUUUAGUACAUUUUUAAGUAAAGUGCAGACAAAAUCCAACGUUAUCCACACGCAAACCAACUACACGUAUAUGAAAAAGAAUGAAAACUAAAAUAUAUAAAAUAUAUUUAUAUAUGCGCAGUGUACAUGUUUGUAUCUAACUCCUAAGCCAAGUCAAGAGAAUAAAUAUAUUGAAGCCGAAGCGUAAAUAAACAAACUGGAAACAGUUUCUCUAGGCAAAUAGUUUUACUUUUAGUUUUAAAUUUUACUAAACUCGAAAUCGUUUAUAAAUGUAAAAUUUGUUAUAUUCGGAGCGAUUGGCGAAAGACGGCCUCUAAUAUAAAUAUACUACCACUUAAUUACCGAAUGCCAAGUCAUAUAAGUGUAAAGUGAACUAAAAUCUCGAAUAUCGACAAAUUUUUUAAAUUGAAAACAACAGAAAAAACACUAAACAAAGAAAAUAAAAUACAACUAUUUGCACAAAACAAAUAACGACACUCAAAAAAAAAUCCAUUUCCCAAAAGCAAAACAUUUUUUAUUGUUUUUAAGGGGUGAUCUGAAAAAUAUCGGCAUAGACCAUAAAAAUAAACAGAUUCUAGCAAGGUUUGAGAAUUUGUCUAGAUUAUAGGAAAAGCCGAUUGGUCGCAUAAAGUUGUUUUCUACAAACGAUAUGAUAAAGUUUUAGGACAGAAAGAAGGAAAUGAAUUAAGAGAUUUAUUUGUUAUGUAAUGGAUAAAAAUAAAGUGUAUGUAUCUCAGCUGUACUCCAGUUAGGCAAAGUUGGUACAAAAUUUUAUCAGGUGACGUUUCAAGAAACAAAAAAUAUGAACAAAAAUUCAUCUGAAUAAUGGUUAAUAUGUAAAAGAAACAAAUGAAAAAAACUAAAAAUUCCCAGAAACUUUUUUGGAAAAAUAAGGCUGUGCGCGAUAUAAAAACAAUAUAUAUAUUAACGUGUGUUGAGAAUUCGGAGAAGAAAGGUUGAUAUGCCAGAAUGGAUAGGUUACUUGGAUUUAUAAGAUCGUGAACAACUCUCCUUGGCCCAAGGCUAGGAUUCGUUUCCAGCCGAAGCUCGACUGAUUCGAUUUGAUAAGGAUGGGAGAGAUGCUGAUGUGGUAAGUGAAAGUCAGAAUAUUCUAAAUUUUAAAGCUCAGGAACGAAGGGCAGCCCAUCGGAGUUGCAAGAGGGCGAUAUUAGAAGCUUUGGGAAGUAUAGAACCCAACUUAGGUUGGUCCCACAAAAUAUGCGAGUGCUAAGUCGCACAACAUACCAUAGAAAUCAUGUCCACUCUGAACUGUUUUUAUUGUAAAGCAACCUUAAGUUUCGAAGCAGGACAAGUUUUGAUUGGAAAAACGGCUUUAUUUAAGCCAACGAAUGAGUUUUGAUUAGGCAGCUAAAUACGGAUAAUAAGUUCCUGGUCAAAAGGAAGCUUGCUAAGCUAGUUGCUCUAGCCCGUAAGAUUUUUGCAAAGGAAACCACUACGGUUUUGAACGAGCUUUCCCAGCUAUGAGCCAAACAUCUAGGAAAACUUACUCAAGCAUUAAUCAAGUUUGAAAUGCCAAUUUAUUGUUGAAAGCCUCAGUCAGUAUAAAUAACUAAGAAUACAAUUAAUGAAUAUUGAAAUCGAAGUUAAAGAGGUUCCAGAAACCCGUAAAUAAUUGUGUACCAAACGUUUUGCCACUUAAUAAUUAAGGUAACAAAAAUGUAUUAAACAGUGUUUGCUGAUCCAUACGGCAAAAUCCAAUUUUUAAGGCACAAGGCGAUUCACUUUUUACAAGCUAAUGCGAAAUGGAAUCGAAAUUUGGCUGCCAGGCAGCGCGUUUGUUGCCCAUGCCCCCAAAAUGGGCGUGGCGUGGGAAUAACUGCUGAGAUUUGUUUCCUUUUUGGUUUUUGUUAGCGUAAGAUAAAAGAUUUUACAUAUUGUACAUCUGAGUGUUGAAUUUUUCCAUCAAUAUUUAGCACCGAGAUAAAAAGAUACUCAAGCAACAGUGCCAACAAAUAAAGAGAAAAACCUACAACCAAAUAUAAAUUUGAAUGAAAAACGAAAUUGUACCUUGAGAAAGUCUAAUAAAUACUAUUUACGGCGGUAGCAACCAAUGCAAACAAACCGUUCGAUAAAAAGGCAAACAAUGAGAAAGAGUACCCCUCUGUCAACGUUUAAGGACGAAUAUUCUAUAGCUACCUAGUUGUGUUUUGCACAUUUUGUAAACUUUACAACACGAUGAAGGAAACCGAAUAUCUUAAUAAACGACAGCCCCGCAGCGUUAUAUAUAAUGAUAUAUAUACUUAUACAGGAUACAAGAACAUAACUAAUAAACCCGUUUUUAAAACCCGUGAAA